AUUGGUAGACAAAAGUAUGCCUUCAUAUGAUGUGUCGCCGAUGGAUGAGAAGCUGAAGGCCGGACACCCGAUGGUCAACAAGUUGGCCAACAAUUGGCCAAAAUGUGUUUACACCGCGAUCUUUGUCUACACACACAUCGCGUUUGGCAUGACUAUAACAAUGUACCCACCGAUAAUGGUUGAUAUGAAGUACAUUCUUCACACAUCCAUACGCUAUGUAUCGCUUUAUACCACGUUUCUAUCGGCGGGUUAUAUGUUGGGCACUGUUUUUGGCUACCUAUACGAGUACAUUAACCGCCAGUUGACUGCCAUAGUAUUCCUGACACUAAUGACAGUGGGUUCGGCGCUGACACCCCUAUCGCCGGACCUGUGGUCACUGUACGCGUGCGCGUUCGCCAUAGGUAUGGGCGCCGCCGUCUGGAACACAAUGGCCAACGUAUGGCUGAUUGAGAUGUGGGCCAAUCACAGCUCACCCCUUCUACAGCUACUGCACUGCGGUUUCGGCGCCGGUACCAUCAUAUCGCCGCUCAUACUUAAAAGCCACCUGGUGGGCGAGACACGUUACCAUGGUACGGUUGAUAAUAGUACUGUUAGUAACUAUACAAUGGACGGCAAUUAUAGCCAGGGUUUGGAAAAGGAGUUUAAUGAACGCCGGUUGGGUCUGGUCAUACCGUUUCAAAUCAACGCUGCCAUUCAGAUAUUAUCACCGAUAGCCAUGUUGAUUAUGUUUGUAUUUAAACGCUACGAACCGCCGCCGUCGCCGUUAUCGUCGGCGCCGGCAGUGUUGGACACCAACGACAAUAACGUGACAAAACCUGUGCCGCCGUCCGGCAAACUACUCGACCGGUCGGGUGUGUGGCCGCGGCGUUGGUCUAUAGCCCUGUUUUGCGUUUGGCUGUCCGCCUAUUGUGUGGCCGAGAAUACCCUCAUGGGGUUUGGGGCCACGUAUUUCCAGUUCUGCCCCCUCCGGCUCACCGCCCAGGAGGCGGCCCAACUGCUUUCCACGGCGGCCAUAGCGUUCACAGCGGGUAGAGGUCUCAGCGUAUUGACCGCGAUCUAUUUCAAACCCCAACAGAUGAUUGGCUAUCACUUUGUGCUGUUGAUGAUAUCGGUGGUGGCCCUGUACGCCGGCCAAUACAACCUUAAUGUAUUACGCGUGUCUACAGUGAUGGCUGGGUUAGUUAUAUUCAAGAUCUGA